AUGAAUAAUAAUAACAAUAGUGGUAAUAAUAGAAAUAAUAAUAAUAAUGAAGAUAUAAGAAAAUUUUUUAUUCCAGGGUGGAAACCUGAAGAUGAAAAUAAAACAACAACCACUACCACAACCACAACCACUGCAACUAUGGCACAACAAAAUGAAAAACCUAGUUUUUUAAGAAAAGCUUCAAAAGGUCCAAAUACACAAAAUAAUCAAAUUUAUCAUGGUAAAAGGUCAUCGUCAUAUCCCACACAAUUCGAUAAUUUUAAAAAUAAUUUUAAUAAAAAUGAUAAUAAAAGCGGUUUACCAAAACAAUUUAAUAGUUUAACAAAUAGGAAUAAUAUUAAUAAUACCAAUAGAAAUAUAAAUAAUAGAACAAAUUAUAAUAAUAAUAAUAAUAAUAAUAAUAAUAAUAAUAAUAAUUAUAGAUCAAAUUAUAAUAAUUCACAACUAAACUUAUCAAAUUUAGGUGUACAACAAUUUACAUCCAAUGAAGUUGAAACUAGAGUUAUUCAAAAGAUUGAUAAAAGACUUACUAUUAGCGAAAUAAAUGAUUUAGAAAAAGAUUUAAAGAAAUUUAAAAAAGAAAAGGACGAAGUUGAAGCGUUUUUAUUUAAGAACAGCGAAAGAGAAUUAAACAGUAAUAAAAAGGAUAUGGACAAAGACACAUUUGACUCAUUAAUAGUUUUGGUAAAUUCAAAAAAAAAGAGAUUACAAGAAAUCAGAUCAAUUGAAAGAGAUAUCGAAAAUAAAAUCCAUUCAAGAAAAGAACAACUUAGAAUUGAUAGAGAGAAAAGAUUAUCCGAACAAAAUAGUGCCAAUGAUGAUAAGCAACCCAAUGUAAAUUUAAAUUCACCAAGUUUUUUAGAUAAAGCACUAGGUUUAUCAAGUAAUAGUAACAACCUAAUUGGUGGGAAUGAUCAACAAGAUAGAGAUUUAUUAAUUAGAACUGGUAAAAUUACUCCAUUCGAUAAUAUCCCAAGAAAAAAAACCAUUCUAUUAGACUCAAUUCAAGAUAUUAAUCCACAGGACACUGAUGACUCUAAAUCAAAACCAACGGAUAAAGUUUCAAAAGUUGCAAUGAAACCAAAUAAGAAAUCUACCAAUCCUUUUAAUAUUAAAAAGAAACCAUUAUCAGCAAAACAAAAAAAGAAGCAACAGAAAAUGAACAAAUAUAAUAUUCAAAGAGAGGCUCCAAAGAAAUUACAAGAAUUUUAUGAUGAUUUUGGUGAUUUAGAUUCAAAUUUUUUAAAUGUGACCGAUCAGAAUUCAAAUAGUAAUAGUGAAAAAGAAGAUGAAGAUGAAGAUGAAAAUGAAAAUGAAAAUGAAAAUGAAAAACCAAAUAAAAAAGAGAAAAAAGUUAAAGCCAAAAAGAAAAAAACACCAAAAACUUCAACUUUAACAACUUUAGUAACACCACCAAACGAAUUAAAUCCAUCAAAUAUAAGCCUAAGUGGUAGAAUAAGGACACCUCUAAAUAGAAUUGGUCUCGUUGAAAAAGAAAAAGAAAUUGAUGAAUCUGAUGGUGAUAACGAAGAAAUGGAUGAUGAAGAAAUGGAUGUCUCUGACAAGGAUGAUGACUAUAUUGAAAUUGAUGACGAAGAAGACAACAAUUUAACUAAUCAAGAAGAUGAGGAUUUUGAAAAAGAAUUUACAAUUAAAGAUAAUAAAAGAAAAAGAAAUAAUGACAUCAAUACCAAAAAGAAAAAAACAAAGAAAUCAAAUGAGGAAGAUGAAGAAGAAGAAUCUUAUGAGGAAGAAGAGUCGUAUGAAGAAGAGGAAGAAAGAAUUAACAUUCACAAAGAAAGAUGGGCUGAUGAUGCGAAUGAAGAUUUAUAUCAAAAAAGGUUGUUUGAAUGGAAACAAAGACAAAUUCAAAAUCACUAUAAAAAAAUGAAUUUAGAUAAAAGAUUAGAGAUUAUUGAAAAAUAUACCGGCACAAUCAAUAAUAAUACAACACCUUCAACAACAAAUGAUGAUGAAGAUGCAAACCAAACCUAUAAAGAAGAUGAAGAAGAUGAUUAUUUAAAUCCAGAUAAAUUAGAUAAUGAAACAGUUUUUGGUGAAAUUGAAAAUCAAGUUAAAAAUAUAUUAAAUGAAGAAGAAUUGGUCGAAGAAGAAGAAAUUGGUGAUGAUUUUCAAAUUGAUGAAAAUUUUAAAAUUCCAUUUGAUAUCUAUAAGAAUCUAUUCGAAUAUCAAGUCACUGGUGUACGUUGGCUUUAUGAACUCCAUUGUCAAGAGGCAGGUGGUAUAGUUGGUGAUGAAAUGGGUUUAGGUAAAACAAUUCAAAUUGUAUCAUUUUUAGCAUCACUUCAUUACAGUAGAAGACUUGGGGGUCCUGCACUUAUUGUUGCACCCGCAACUUUACUAUCGAAUUGGGUUAAAGAAUUUCAUAAAUGGUGGCCACCAUUCAGAGUUGGUUUAUUCCAUUCAUCAUCAUCGUCAUUAUCAAAAGAUGACAUAGUAAAGAAAAUAGCAUCAAAGGGUCAUAUUCUUUUAACUACUUUUGAACAAAUCCGUAUACAUCAAGAUAUUUUACUGGAACAUCACUGGGACUAUGUAAUAUUGGAUGAAGGUCAUAAAAUUCGUAAUCCGGAUGCAGAGGUCACAUUAUCAUGUAAACAAUUCCAAACUUGUCAUCGUAUUAUUCUUUCUGGUUCACCAAUUCAAAAUAAACUUACAGAGUUAUGGUCACUUUUCGAUUUUGUAUAUCCAGGAAAAUUAGGAACUUUACCCAUUUUUAAAACUCAAUUCUCAUUACCAAUAUCAGUUGGUGGUUUUGCAAAUGCUUCGCCUAUCCAAGUCCAAACCGCUUAUAAAUGUGCUGUUGCUUUACGUGAUUUAAUUUCGCCAUACAUGCUCAGAAGAAUUAAAGCCGAUGUAUUAAAAUCUCUCCCAUCUAAAAAUGAACAGGUUUUGAUGUGUCCUUUAACAAAUUUCCAAGAGAAGCUUUAUUUAGAGUUUUUAGAUAGUAACGAUAUAAAAUCUGUGCUCGAAGGAAGAAGGAAUGCACUCUAUGGUAUCGAUAUCUUGAAAAAGAUUAGCAAUCAUCCAGAUAUUCUACAUAUGGACCCUCAUGAUGAAGAUAGACCCGAGGAUUAUGGUAACAUUAAUCGUUCUGCAAAGUUGCGUGUAGUUGAUCAAAUUUUACCACUCUGGUAUAAGCAAGGUGAUAAAGUUUUACUCUUUUGCCAAACUAGACAAAUGUUGGAUAUUGUAGAAGCAUAUAUUAGAAAUUCAACAACUUUCAACUAUUUAAGAAUGGACGGUACAACUUCAGUUAAACAUAGACAAUCAUUGGUUGAAGAGUUUAAUCUUGAUGAAAAACUAUUUAUUUUUUUGUUAACAACUAAAGUUGGUGGUCUUGGUUUAAAUCUUACAGGUGCAAAUAGAGUAAUUUUAUUCGACCCAGAUUGGAAUCCAUCUACCGAUACUCAGGCCAGAGAAAGAGUGUAUAGAAUUGGUCAAAAGAAAUCUGUUACCAUUUACCGUUUAGUAACUCUUGGUACAAUUGAAGAAAAAAUAUAUCAUCGUCAAAUCUAUAAGCAAUUUCUUACAAAUAAAAUUUUAAAAGAUCCAAGACAAAAAAGAUUCUUCAAAUCAAAACAUUUUAAAGAAUUAUUUACAUAUUCAAAGAGUAACAAAGGUUCCGAAACUGGUAAUAUUUUUAGCGAAUCAAAUUCAGAAAUUUUACCUGAACAUAUGAAGGAUAGUGAUAAUGAAGAAGACAUUAACAAUAAUAAUAAUAAUAAUAAAUCAAAUAAGAGCAAACUUUCUUCUUCCAAUUUACCAAGUAUACCAAAAAAACAAAAUAAUGAUUAUAUAGACAGUUCAUCAGAUGAAGAAAAAACAAAGGUUAAUAAAAAGAGAAAAUCAAAUAAAAGUAAUUCAAUUGAUGAUGAAAAUGGUGGCAAUGAUGAAAAAUCAAAUAGUAACGACGAUGACUCUUAUAUAUUAAAGUGCUUAUUUGAAAAAGAAGGUUUAAAAAGUGCUUUAAGACAUGACACCAUUAUGGAUCAAUCUGGUCCUGAACAUUCUUUAUUAGUAAACGAAGCGGAGAAGAUUGCAUCAAAAGCUGUUGGUAUUUUAAAAAAAUCAAAAGAAUUAAUCGAUAGGCAAAGAUCAUCAUCAUCAACUCUAACAUGGACUGGAAGGUUUGGAUCUUCAGGUUUACCAACACUAAUGAAUAGUAAUAAUAAUACAGGUAGAUUUGGUCAAAAAUCAAAAUUACAAUCACAACUAUCACCGCUUCAAUCAAUAAGUAAUAUUACAGUAGACUCUGAUAAUAUACUUUUAAAUAAAUCAAUUACAAAUAAUAAUAGCAACAAUACAAAUAACAAUAAUACAAAUACCAAUAAUAAAUUCUCUUCAACUAGAAUUUUAUCAACUUUAAAUAAUAAAGAAGAGGAAGAUGCUAAAAACUUGUUUGGUGGUUUAAAUUCAAACGAAAUUAUAGAAAAAAUCUUUAACUUUAUCAUGGAAAAAGGAGGCUCUGUAACAACCCAAACAAUUAUAAACAAUUUCUCACUUACUAUAAACGAAGACCAAGCUCCUUUAUUUAAAGCUUUGUUAAGAAGUGUUUCCGAUUUUGAUAAAGUUUCAAAACGUUGGGUUGUUAAAUCUGAAUUUUUAUUAAAUUAA